UAACUGGGAAUUAAUGGGUAAAGAAUAGAUGAAAUGAGAAGACAACGAACGAACAGGGGAAAUAAAGAAGGCCCCUACGACCUUCAACUGCCAUGGCACAGGGAUUCCUUGGAGUAGCAUUUAAGACUAUUUCUCAUCUUCUUCUUCUUUCUUCUUCACCCCCACCCCCACCAGCAAGUUUCACUGUUAUAAUUGCAUCAGAAAGGUGAAAUCAUAUCUUGAAUCAUUGUAAAGUUUUUUCAAGAUUCAUCGAAAAAUGGAGCAUUCUGGGUGUAAGAUCAUCCCCAUCAUCAUUUUCUUCUUCCUCACCACGUUCAUUGUUUGUGCAUUGUUUAAUGCCCCAAAUCUUGGGGUUUCGCCAUUGACACAGCAAAAGCUCAGAACUAUAAUGGGGAUAAAGAUAUACAAAAAACCAUAUUUCGGUCUCCACCCAUCACCAUCGCCAUCGCCUUCUCUAUCACCAUCUCCGUCACCAUCGCCGUCACCUUCUCAAGCUCGAGCUGGCGCUCGACCUCCAGUUCACCAUGUCCAUCCACUCCCCCACCGGUGGCCUAUUCCACCGUCUAACGGCGGUGACGGUGGAAGAAGACGGAAAGUCCUGGUGGCUGUUCUGGCGUCGGCUGGUGGCGCUACAGGUAUAAUCUGUCUCAUUGGUCUGUUCUUGGGGUGCAGAAAGUUGAGGAAACAGAGGAGAAAGAAAUCAUCACCAAAACAUGUGAGAAAGGUAAUUUCUGAUCCAGUUCCCGAUAACUUUUACCUUCAAUCGUUAGGAAGUGUGUUAGACCCACCAGCGGUUUCGAGCUUAAAACAAGAUUCCGACAAUAAUGAUCGGAAUUUCAAAUCACAAAUUGAUUCCCGAUCCAAUGAAGUGGAAGAAGAAGAGGGAAAGGAGAGAGAUGUUUUCCAGAUGAAAAGAUUAUCAAAUUCAGAAAAUUUGGAUUCUUGUGGUGGUGCUGUCGCCUCAAUCGAAUCACUGAAAUUUGAUGAAGAGGAUGAACAAGUUUUUUUUGGUUCUCCGAUUGGUGAAGAGAUAAUCCAAGUGGAAUCUCAUUCGUCGGAUGAUGAAUCUUUCCAUUCUUUUUGCAAUUCACAUCGAAUUUCCGAUGCUUCAGUCGGUUCCGACACAUUGGAACCACCAAUUUCAUCCCCACCACCACCAACUCCUCCACCGCCACCUCCACCGCCGCCACCACCACCACCACCACGCAGUUCUUCAUCCUCUUCCACCAACAACACAUUAACAACAUUUACUCCUCCAAAGAAAACAGUUUCUUUCUCAGAAUCAAGCCAAACUCCUCCUCCUCCUCCUCCGCCACCAUUGCCACCACCGGCACCACUGCCACCACCAUUUCUUAAAGGAAACCCACCACCAUUGCCACCACCACCACUACCAUCUCAGUCGACACCCAUGGGUAAAGAUGGAACCCCACUUCCUAAAUUGAAACCGCUACAUUGGGAUAAAGUACGAGCUGCACCUGAUCGUUCCAUGGUGUGGGACAAGCUCAGAUCAAGCUCAUUUGAGUUUGAUGAGGAAAUGAUCGAGUCGCUCUUCAGUUACAAUCUACACAAUCCUAACGAAGAAUCCAAAAGCAAAAGCCCAUCUCCUAGCAAACACGUUCUCGAGCCCAAAAGACUUCAAAAUCUAACCAUUCUCUUGAAAGCUCUCAACGCCACUUCCGAACAAAUAUGUCGUACCCUCAUACAAGGAAAUGGAUUGAAUUUACAACAACUAGAAGUACUAACAAAGAUGGAACCUACAAAGGAAGAAGAGGCUAAACUCAUAGGCUACAAAGGCGACUUAGGUUCGGCUGAGACAUUUGUUGCAUCGAUCCUUACUAUACCAUACGCCUUCCCAAGAAUCGAGGCAUUGCUUUAUCGAGAAAUGUUCGAAGAUGAAGUGACUCAUCUCCGAAAGACCUUCUCUAUGCUAGAGGAAGCAUGCAAAGAACUUCGAUCAAGUCGGCUAUUCUCAAAACUUCUAGAAGCAGUGUUAAAAACCGGGAACCGAAUGAAUGUAGGCACAAUAAGGGGAGGGGCAAAAGCGUUUAAGUUGGACGCGUUGCUUAAGCUUGCUGAUGUUAAAGGGACAGAUGGCAAAACAACGUUACUUCACUUUGUAGUCCAAGAAAUUAUCCGUUCAGAAGGCAUCCGAGUUUCCGAAAGCAUUAUCGGGAAAAUCAAUCAAAAAACCAACAAACGAAAAAAUAUCCAAUUCCAAGAUCGAGAAGAAGACUACCGAAACAUGGGUCUAGAACUUGUCUCCGGCCUUAGUACCGAACUAUGCAACGUCAAGAAAACAGCCACCAUAGAUUUCGAUGUCAUUGCAAGCUCGGUUUCAAAUCUAUCACAAGGAAUGGGUCGUUUGCGUAGAUUGGUGAAUGAAGAUUUGUCGGUUGAUGGAAAAACUUCUUGUAGUAGUGGUAGUUUUGUGGAAUGUAUGAGAUCUUUCUUGAAUUAUGCUGAAAAACGUCUUGAGGAAUUGGAGGGAGAUGAACGGAGAAGUUUACAACUUGUGAAGGAGAUUACGGAGUAUUUCCAUGGCCAUGGGAAUAUGAGUAAAGAUGAGGUGAAUCCACUUCGGAUCUUUGUGAUUGUGAGAGAUUUCUUGGCGAUGUUAGAUCUUGUGUGUAGAGAGUUGAGGAGAUCCAAAGUUUUCGUUGCGCCAUUCCAAUAAAUAGAUUGGGAGUGUGAUUGAUUUGUUGAUAUAUUAGUUGUUGGAAUUGUAAAAAGAGAACCUGGAUUUUCAUAUUUUGGCUCAUACGGUAGGCUUUGUGUGUCUAUGCAUAUAUAAUUCCACGUUUUUACCCGAUUA